CGUUUUCUAAUAAAGAACGUAGAAGUUGCGGUAUUUAUUUGGAUGUACCUUUUCCUUCCUCUGUCUCGUUUCUUCCUCUCACAUUCUUCCUCUCCCAUUGAAUUGGUAGCAGUGAGGCAAUCGUGGAGAAGCUUCAAGAAUUUCUCAAUGGGAAGGGGAAGAGUGGAGUUGAAAAGGAUCGAAAACAAGAUCAACAGGCAAGUCACCUUCUCAAAGAGAAGGUCUGGUUUGAUCAAGAAAGCCCGCGAGAUCUCUGUGCUUUGCGAUGCUGAUGUGGCUCUCAUAGUCUUCUCUACUAAAGGCAAACUUUUGGAAUACUCUAACCAGCCUUCUAUGGAAAGAAUUCUUGAACGGUAUGAGAGGCAUUCGUAUGCGGAGAAGCAAGAAGGUGCAGCUGAUCAACCACCAAAUGAAAACUGGGCUAUAGAACACGAAAAGUUGAAGGCUAGAGUGGAGGUACUACAGCGACACCAAAGGAAUUUCAUGGGAGAAGAGCUUGAUAACAUAAAUCUUAGAGGACUUCAGAGUUUAGAACAACAACUUGAUUCCGCCCUCAAACACAUUAGAUCACGAAAGAACCAAGCCAUGCAUGAAUCUAUUUCAGAGCUUCAUAAAAAGGAUAAGGCACUUCGGGAACGUAACAACUUGCUCGCCAAGAAGAUAAAAGAAAAAGAGAAGGCAGUGGUUCCUCAAGAACAGGAGGGGUUGCUAAAUAACGGGGAUGUGACUUCUCUCAUGGUAACUAAGCCAUUGGAGUCCCUGAAUAUUGGAGGCUCCCCAGAAGCGAGAUGUAAUGAAGGAACUCCAACAUCAACUCAACCUAAAACCAUAAUUCCUCCUUGGAUGGUGACUCUUCCUACAGAUGAAUAGAAGAAGCUUGUUAGAUCAUUCCACUUGUAUAUAAGUUCACGUACAUGAAGACAUUUGCUGCUGUCUAUACCGCUUGGGUUGUAACUUGUGAGCUACGUUACUGCAUUUUGCUAUGUACAUCAAAGGUUCUGCAUAUAAUAAUACUAAUUAAAUUGUUUCAACUAAAAGGGUUCAAGUUUACGACAUGUCCAAUAUAAAAUUCUUGAUAACUUUA